AACUAGACUUACCCUUGACACCUUCUGCUCCCAUUGGAAAUGAGAUGUUUCUGUUGCUCUGUGGGGGUAGGAGUCCAGGUGGCUUUAUCUCUACCUAUUGUCAAGGUUGUGUACCUCAGCUCAGAAAUAAUUAUUUCUCACAUUCUUUGGGAAAACGGGAGCGGGAAUUUACUUCUGAAUAAAGGGGAUAGCAAAAGCCAGGUUUGGUAGAAUUGGCUUUUCCCGGCUGGGUGCUUUGUUGCCUAUCAAUAAACACUGUUGAUCGACAAUACAGUGUCUGUUUAUUGCUUCAAGGUUUGAGACAAAACAGAUGGCAAUUUUGAAGUCACAUUUGGCCACCAAAAGACAGCCUCUUUGGUCUCAUCCAAUGUAAUCUCUGCCCUCUCAUUCAGACCUGCGAAUGAGGUGUGCUCAGGAGGAGAUAUUGGUGUUAACUUAACGGAUCCUAUGUUUAGAGGCAUAUACAGAGGGACUCAAAAGCAUCAAGAUGACUUCCUAGAUGUCGUUGACAGAGCAGUCAAAACUGGUAUGAAAAAGUUCAUAAUUUCUGGCGGAAGUUUGCAAGACAGUAAAGAGGGACUGCAGCUGGCACAAACAAAUGACAUGUUUUACAGUACCGUCGGCUGCCAUCCCACCCGCUGCACGGAAUUUGAUCAGAACAACCCGGACCAGUACUUAGCAGAACUACAAAGUCUAGCUGAGAAAAAUAAAGGCAAGGUUAUUGCCAUUGGGGAGUGCGGUCUGGAUUUUGACAGACUGGAAUUCUGCCCUAAAGACACCCAGCUCAAGUAUUUUGAAAAACAGUUUGAUCUGUCAGAGCAAACAAAGCUACCGAUGUUCCUGCACUGUAGAAAUGCACAUCCAGAAUUCUUAGAUAUAAUGAGGCGAAACCGAGAGAGGUGCACAGGCGGAGUGGUGCAUUCUUUCGAUGGCACUAAAGAAGCGGCGGCGGCUAUAAUCGAAUUGGACCUCUACAUAGGCAUAAAUGGUUGUUCGCUGAAAACAGAAGCCAACUUAGAAACGGUGAGGUCAAUUCCAAAUGAAAGAUUAAUGAUAGAAACAGAUGCUCCUUGGUGUGGCGUGAAGAAUACUCACGCUGGCUCGAAAUACAUAAAGACCUUAUUUCCUACCAAAAAAAAGUGGGAACCGGGACACUGCCUAAAGGACAGAAAUGAACCGUGUCACAUAAUCCAAAUACUGGAAAUUAUAGCAGCAGUACGGGAAGAAGAUCCACUUGAACUGGCCAAUACCAUGUACAACAACAGUAUUAAAAUCUUCUUUCCAGAUAUGUAAAGUGUUAUGUAUUGUUAUAAGGCCUGCUAAUUCUAUUACGUGAAAUAAAGUUUCCCAUGCAACUGA